GGGCGAUGGGCGUUUUCCUCACCGGGGCUUCUCUCGCGGGGCUCUGCCUGGGCCAGGUCGUCCGCACGCAGGAGGGGGUCCUGCCCAAACCCUCCAUCAGGGCCGAGCCGGGCCCUGUGAUCCCGCGGGGACAGCCAGUGACCAUCGUGUGCUGGAGCCCAGCUGCGGCUGAUGGAUUCCGCCUGGAAAAGAAGAAUGGAAACUUUACUUACAAGGAUCAACUUGUUUCACAGGAGACACAGGCCAGAUUCCACAUCCCUGCAGUGAGUAAUCACACUGCCAGGUCUUAUUUCUGCCGCUAUCACAAAAACACCCGCUGGUCUAAGCGCAGUGAGCCCCUGGAGCUGCAGGUGACAGAUGAGGACGUCUCCACUCGGCCCUCAGGUCCUGGGCGUGGCCGGUCUGGUCCACCUGUCAGUGACCCCAGUCCUCUGCUUCCAGAGCCUGCCUCCGGAAACUACCUGGUAGGGAACUGUGUGCGCCUCGGCCUGGCUGGCACGGUCUUGCUGAUCCUGGUGGCCAUUCUGGCAGAAGCCUGGCACAGCCAGCUCAGGUCCUCACAGGGACCUCAGGGAUGGAGACAAGAGGACACUCAUCAGAGAGAUGAGACCCCAGGGCCCUAAGGAGGACCUUGUCCAAGUCGCAGGGGCUCUCGCUGGAGCCCCGG